GCCGGGACUCGGCUCAGACUGCUGUGGUCCCUCGCAGCGCGCGGCCCCUUCGCCUCGCCUUCGCUCACGACAUCCUCGCUCUCCUCGCGGGCCGGGCGUCUCUCUCCCUCAGCUUCCACGUCGUGCAACCCGUCCCUCUCCAUCACCUCCUCACCGGCCGGGUCGGGCUGGACCGGGCCGCGGGGCCGCGCGGCCGCGCAAGUGCGACCGCGAUGUGACAUGUGACGUGACGAGGAGCGUGAGCCGUGACAGUGUUGUGGUGGCGGGACCACCACGCCCCGCCCCGCCCCACCGCACCCCGCCAGGAUUACUUCAUGGACUCGUAGCCCCCCACCUCAGCGCUGGACCUCGCCGGGAUAGCUCGCGCGGCGUCGCAGAUGAGAACGGCCGACGGAACCAACACGCGCACCGUGGCGGUGCGCCCAGCCCCCGCCACUGCUGCGGCGCGUUCGGCGCAGUGCGGCUGCGGCAGCGACGGCAGCAGCGGAGUUGGCGAAACAACGUCGGAGAUGUGACGAACACGCUUGAGCGCUGCUGGUUGCUGUGCAGGGCGACCCGGGUGACCUCCGCCGCCACUCGCCGCCGACAUGGAGUCGUACAACUGCUCCACCAACAUCACCUACACCGCCGAGUGGCCCGACGGCCCGCUGGAGGCCGACGAGCACUUCCUGCGCGGCACCCGCUUCCUCAUCCAGCGCGUGCUGGUGCCCGUGGUGGUCGUGGUCGGGCUGGUGGGCAACGCGGCCACCAUCGUGGUGCUGACGCGGCGCCGCAUGCGCUCCUCGACCAACGUGUACCUGACGGCGCUGGCCGCGUCGGACCUGCUGUACCUGACCGCCAUCUUCCUGCUGUCGCUGCGGCACUACCCGGGGAUCGGCUCCAUGGACACCAGCUACUUCUUCUACUGGCGGCUGCACCGCUUCGUCCUGUGGCUGGCCGACUCCAUGACGGCCACGUCCAUCUGGCUGACGGUUGCCUUCACGGUGGAGCGGUACAUCGCAGUCUGUCACCCCAUGCGCGGCCGCCUGCUGUGCACCGAGUACCGCGCCCGCCUCGCCGUCCUCGUGGUGUGGUCCUUCUGCGUGUUCGCCACCGCCAGCGUGCCCUGGGAGUCGUACGUGGUCUGGCACCGCGACCACGCCGGCCGCGAGUGCGUGCGCGAGUGCGAGAGUUGGCUGGGCGCAAACGAGGUCUACAUAAGCAUCUACUCGUGGUUCUCGGCGCUCCUGUUCAUGGCCCUGCCGCUGUUGAUGCUGGCCGUCUUCAACUGCUUCCUCAUCAACGCCGUGCGGCAGAGCCGGCGAGCGCGACGCUCCAUGACGCAGAACGAGCCCAACUCGGUGUCACAGCACCAGAGGCAGGAGAACCGCAUCACCAUCACCCUCAUUGGCGUCGUCAUCCUGUUCCUUGUCUGCCAAACGCCCUCCGCAGCCCUCCUCGUGUACAAGAGCUUUGUGGACGAAACAAAAGUACACCGAAGUCUGGGCAACAUCUGCAACUUCCUGGUGGCUGUUAACGCUGCCUCCAACUUCCUGCUGUACUGCGCGCUGUCAGACAAGUACCGGCGCACCUUCCUCGUGACCUUCGUGCCCUGGUGCUACAAGGCGCAGUCUACGGCGCUGCAGCGCACCGGCUCCAUGUACUCGACGCACUCGGACUUCACCAGGACGACUCGCUCCAGGGUGGGCAGUGUGUACCUGCAAGUGCCCAAGGACCGCAGCAACGGCGCGGGUGGGAACCGCCUGCAGCGGACGGCCUCGGGGUACUCGUCGCAAAGCGUGGGCGGCGUCCUGGGCGGCGCCAACCGCAACCAAAAGGAUAGACCGUCCCCGAAUCGUCUCGCCCCGCCCUCCGCAGCAAACGGCAACGGGUUCGACGGUCACGACUGAGUGUCGCGCGACCGGCAGCAGCUUGCGCGUGGAGCGGAAUGGACACGGGCAGCAGUGUGGGAGUGUGGGGCAGUGCGGCCGCCGGACACGGGUGCUGCUGGCAGAGCAGUCAGUGACAGGGUGUUCGGGAGGUGACAAGGCAUCAAGACUAAAGGAUGUACGACGCAUGCAGGAGCUGCGUGCACCUACCUCUCCACCACAACUAUACGUGACAGGGGACCGAGUGAACUAUGCUAGAUGCUAAGCAGUCCACCUUUCUUUGCCUUCAUUAUUGUUUAAGCUACUGUGAGAACGAGGAGUGAUUGAAGAGACAUUUGUUAGGAUGUGGAGCUUCUCCACGACUACUCAGAAUGAUCAAAUUUUCUAGUCAAGAGCUGUGCUCUGCGUAAUGUAUAUGUUACAAAUCAUCAUCAUUGUAAAUUAUAUCGUUAUAUCAUUUAUCAUAAACAUACCAAGUCCAAUUAUGCUUCUAAUUUGCUGUGAAUGUACUGGGAUGUUUUUGAGAACAAUCUAAGUCUUAGUUCAUCUUCAGUAAUCUGCUUUGUCAGGAAGAUUGAUGUGCACUGAUGCAUCUCCGACAGUGCAGGUUGAACCAACUGUUCUUCUCUGCACACAUAUCAAACAAAUUUGUAUAUAAUAAAAUAAAAGACAGCAGGGGUGACUUAUAUCUGCAGCAAAGAUACUUUA